AGGGCACUGGAGGUCACUUCCUGAUUUACUGACUGUUGGCAAGAUGUCCCAACACUUACAAAACGCUCUGCCUCUCUUGAAAUGACAACGUUUUGUGUGCCUGAAAGGCGACCGUACCUCCACAGGUGGAAGAAGCCAAAGUUUGUGACUUUAUUUGAUGCAGACCAGCUCUUCAUUCAGUCGUAGCGCAGGUGGAUUUAUCAGUAGUGACUCGUAUGUUUUCCUGGCAUGUUUAUAUCAGUGAGGAUGUUUUAAAAUGGCGGUGGCAGCGUCACAACAGGAGGGUCUGGAGUAAAUGUGAGGAGGUGAUGGACGCACACACAUCUUUGCAGCUACAGCAGGAACAUGGCAGAAGCAGAGCACACUGAUGGGGAGUUCAGUGUUACAGACUUCCAGGUCUCAUCGUUCAGCAGCUCUUCUCACAACCAGGGUUUGCAGAUUGCCUCAAAGCCUCUCACCCAAAACCAUGUCAACCAUCACAUGCCCUCAGUCUCUCAGCUGCCUCAUGUCUCCCUCAGCUGCAAAUCAUUCACUCCAUGUAAUGGCACAUGUGAUGAGGAUGGCAGCAGCUUGGCCUCUCAGGACUCAGGAAUCCCCACCCUUGAGAUGAACCCCCCUGAGCACACUCAGGCUCGAGUCACCACUGCUGAGCUGGUGCUUCCACCUCCACAUGAUGAUAGUCCAGCAACACUAAACUUGGAUAUCUCAGAUAGCUCCAUACUCAAGUCUUCCAGCUUCCCACGUUGUGGCUUUGAUUUGGUACGCUCUUAUGGUGCCGGUGGGCUCUCCGGUGCUGCAGGCAAGGGUACUUUGAAUCGCAGUGAUGAUAUUUCAGUGUGCAGUGUUUCAAGUUUAAGUACUGAGUUUUCUGCCACAUUGUCUGUCAGUAAUGAGGACUUCCUAGACUUCAUGGUUACAUCUGAGUCCAGUGCUGUUGUUACAUUUGAGAAUGAAGAUGUCUUGCACCGUUCUGACAAUUCACUCUCAUCUCCUACUGACUUACACGGCAAGCUCAGCAGCCCCCAACCGCAUCCUGUGGGGGUCUCUACACCACAUGAGACUAGACCCAAGAGACUGGGUCCACUCGCCAGCUUCUUCCACAGGAGUCUUUUUGCUAAGAGGAUGAAGGAUACGGGUGCACAGGAAGAACAGCGAGAGCCCGGCUGGAAGCUGUUUGGUAAAGGUCCACAUAAAGAGCUUUCAGUCAAAGACUCCAGGAAAACACAAAAGGAAUAUGAAAGGAGUGGGCAGUCGAGCAGUUCCACAUCUCCCAAGAAGAACGUAAGAAGGAACCUGGACUUUGAGCCACUUUCAACCACAGCCCUUAUACUGGAGAACCGUCCAGCGAAUCUUCCUGCAAAGCCUGAGGAAGAAACCCAGAAACACAGACAAGAAUAUGAGGAGAUGGUAGCUCAGGCCAAGAAGAGAGAGCUGAAAGAGGCCCAGAAACGGAAAAAACAACUAGAGGACAGGUGUAAACUCGAGGAAACCAUCGGCAAUGCUGCUCUCACCUGGAGUCAGGAGAUAUUACCCAACUGGCAAAGCAUGUGUUCAUCUAAGCGGGUGAGGGAUUUAUGGUGGCAGGGUCUGCCGCCCAGCGUGAGGGGCAAAGUCUGGAGUCUAGCGAUAGGCAAUGAGCUAAACAUCACCGAUGAGCUGUAUAACAUCUGUUUGGCAAGAGCCAAAGAAAAGUGGAAUGCCUUUGUAGCCCCAACAGCUGCUGCAGAAACAGAGAUUGAAGAUGCAGGCUUGUCUCAUGCUGAUCGAGAAGCCAGUCUAGAACUGAUCAAGUUAGACAUUUCCAGAACCUUUCCCAAUCUCUGUAUCUUCCAACAGGGAGGCCCAUACCAUGAUGUAUUGCACAGCAUUCUGGGAGCUUACACUUGUUAUCGUCCUGAUGUGGGAUAUGUGCAGGGAAUGUCCUUUAUAGCAGCAGUGUUGAUUCUCAACAUGGACAUUGCUGAUGCCUUCAUUGCUUUUGCCAAUUUGUUGAACAAGCCUUGUCAAAUGGCUUUCUACAGAGUGGACCACAGCCUUAUGUUGACAUACUUCGCAGCAUUUGAAGUUUUCUUUGAAGAAAAUCUACCAAAGCUUUUUGCACAUUUCAAAAAUAACAACCUGUCCUCUGAUAUUUAUUUAAUUGACUGGAUCUUCACCUUGUACAGUAAAUCUCUCCCACUGGACAUUGCAUGCCGAGUGUGGGACGUGUUCUGUCGUGAUGGCGAUGAAUUUCUCUUCCGCACAGCACUGGGGAUUCUGCGACUUUAUGAGGACAUCCUCAAACACAUGGACUUCAUCCACAUUGCUCAGUUCCUGACGCGCCUGCCAGAAUACAUCUCUGCUGAGGAGAUCUUCUCCAGCACAACCACCAUCAGCAUGAACAGCAAGCACAAGAAAUGGGCACAAGUUCUUCAGGCUUUGCAGAAAGGACAAGACCGUGGCAGUCCACUACUGAAACACUAAGGGUGCAACUCCAGUCUUCUCUUCAACCUCAAAGAGACUAAGAGAGAAAGUCAUGUUGACUUUACAUGUGUUGUACUCAUCAGAGAAUAUUAGUUCCAGUGGCCAUUGUAUGUGUCCUCUUCCACACACUGACCUCACAGGGCUGGAACGGAGGCAACACAUCACAUGAAUGUACACCCCGACUUUCAGUUAGGUGUGGAAAUGUCCUAUCAUUACUUUCUUUUCUGCCUCCCUAAUCUUAAUCGAGACAUUUCCAAUUAAGCAAAAUAAAAUAAUAUAUGUUUUGCUGUGGGUUUCUGAGGUUGUUUUUAUGUGUUGUUUUUACCAUUGUUUCUAAGACUUAUUGCACACUGAACUAUUAUUUAUUCUACCUCUUACUCCCUGUAUGUAAUCUGUGUUUCUGUUCUCUGUCUCACAAAUGUCUUUAUUCAGAGAUUUGAGUGGAUAUUGAAAAAUUUUGCUGUGUUCAUAUUAUUGUUACUGGAUUUCUCUGUCCCUUUUUACUUUUCUCUCUCCUCUCUUAUCUUUUGUUGUUGUUUUUGUUGUGCCAGUUCAAAACCAAACAUUCUGGAAUACUAGUGUUUCUGAAGUUCCAAAGUUUGGUUUCAAUUCAUGCUUACAGAACAGGACUUUAGCAUAAUAAAUGUGGCUUUAACAUUGUGGUGCAGCUUAGAUUUCAAGGUGGUUAAAGUGUUGAAAAGAAAGAUUGAGUAGGAGUAUGAGUUCAGUGAUGAUGGUGGUUUCACAGCAUUAUGAUGACAUCUCAUAUCAUCCUCAUUAAUAACAGAAACAAGCUUCUCUAGAUUUUGCUGUAAAUUAUUCUUGACAUUCAACAAUUCAUCAAAUUGAGAUUAAGAUCAGAUAAAAUCUUAUUAUUCGUAAUAUAUAAAAUACCAUGUUAAAAUACUUAAUAAUCUUUACUUGUUUAAUGUAAAUAACAUGCACUAAACUGGCCUAAUUUUUGAGAUCAUAUGGAACACCAAUAAAAGCAUUUUUCACGUGUUUUUUUUUUUUUAAAUCUCAUUUUGGUGAAUGUUUUUCACUGAGAAGUAUGGACAGCAUCACAUUAAACAUCCAGAUGCUUAUUUAUUGUAUUGAUUAGAAUUCAUGGAUGAUUAUUUUUGUGAGGAAAAAGACUUAAAUUUCAUAUCCUCUCAGAGAGUGUAAGUGUGUACUGUAUACUGUAUGUACACAGUAAUAUGUAAACAAGCUGAAGGCACCAGAAUAUUGAAUGGUACUUGAUAUCUUGCACACUCUAAAGUAAGUUUAUGUUCAGUUAUUUUCUAGAUAAUGUGGUGAGAUUAUACUACUUUCUGAUCACUGUGAUCGAAGGAAAACCUCCCACCUUUUUCUGUGGUCCAAACCACACUACUGCAAUAAACUGCUUUGCACUUCUUUUAAAAUAUAUUUAUAGAUUCUCACUGUCAUCUUUACUAUGCUCUGCUAUUUCAUGUUUUGUUUCUUUUCAUUACCAUGUAGGAACCCCAGAAUUUGUAUUGUGUUAAUGUUGGCUGUUUUCAUUAUAAUCCGAUAAUUAAUUGCCCUCAAUAUUUAAAUAGAAUAUUUUUAUAUCUGGGGGACAAACACCAGGAGCUUUAAAUAAAUGGCUUUUUAUUUUUGCCUUAAGUCCAAGGUUUUGAAAUAACUCAGAAAAAUAACUUUAAAGACUUCAUAUGUAUCCAGUGCUUUCAGUUGUUUGGGGUUAUGUACAAUAAAAGGAGUGAAGACGAUCUUAAUUGUAAUGAAAGAUGACUGUGUGUAAACAACUUCGUUAUGUUGUGAUUCCUUGCGUGUGCGUACCAUCAAAACAAUUCAUGCUGUUCAAAAGAGCAUAGGCCAUCCAGGAACACAGGAUAUGUUGAUCAUAAAGUACAGUAAUGUAUUGUGCAGUGUGUGUGUGUUUUGUGUAUGAAUUGACAGAAUUAGGUGGUAAGAUAAAGGCAUUAUGAUGUGAAAUGAACACUGAAAGUGUCCAGAGCAGACUGUGUGCAUGCAAUCCCACACUUGAAGCUUUCAGAUGUUAUUUGAGCAUGCACUGACACAGGUCUCAAAACACGCUUUGACCGGUCUCUGUUCUUCUGUGUUUGUCCUAAAAGGCUGCUUUGCUUUUGUUGUGUCAGUACAGAUGAUAUAGAAUUAAAUAGAUAUGUAUAUAUUUAUGGUC